AUGUACAGAAACGGGCGGAGGCAUGCAUACGACGAAUACGACGCCAGAUCUUAUGCUCAUGUCGUUUCACCAGGACAUGGGGCAGCACAGCCACAACAGGAUUAUAAUUAUUUUUAUACCGACGUGGAACAGCGACCAACGAAAAGAACAAGCAGCAGACGUCCAAAAGACCGCUACGAAAGACCACAGAAAACGGUGCUGUAUCAUGACGAAGUAAGUUCAGAUCCUGAUACACCAGUCAGUCCGUCGUAUUCGACAGCGAGGAAAUCUAAAGUUUUGUAUCGCCAUGAUCCGUACACAAGACUUAGCCCGUCAAGUAGACCAAGGAGUUAUGAUCGCCAGCAACAUCAAGAGUUAGAGACGCGACGAGGACGCGAUCACUUUUCAAGAAAACGACAGUCCCCAGCUACUGCCUUGCGACAUUACCGUGAAGGUAGAAGUCGAAGUAGAUCCCAUAGCAGGGACAACAACAGUUUCCAUUCACAACCUCUACACCCGGCAAAAAGCAGCAAAAAGGUGAAGUUAAAACAACCAAGAUAUUUGUCACCAGAGUUUAACAGUCAUCAUGAAAGCAACACAGGGAGUCGCAACAAGACAGCUAUCACUAUCAGGUAUAGAGAUAAUGAUAAUUCUUCAAGGAAUAGUUUUUCCAUUGAUCCAAAGGAACAUGUUGAUUUACCAAAAGCUUAUAUUGCUGAUUAUAAAGACACCACAGGAAAUAAGAGACAAACAGGAGAGGAGAGACACAGCAGAGGUCUAUCAAAUAGUUAUGGCAGAAACCGUUCACGUAGUCCGCUUCAGAAUCCUAAGAAGUAUUCUCCGGCUCCACAGAUGACCAGCAGCCCAAGUAAAUACAUUAAAAGAUCACCAUCACCUAGUCCUGGUCGUAGUUAUGGUCAUCUUUCACAUCGCUCUCCAAGAGCUUUACCCUCAAGAUCGAAACUUCACAAUGCCAAAACACUGCAGUACGCAACAAGUCUGGCAGCAGAACUCUGCAUACUUCGCAAGGCUAGAGAUAGAAAGAAGCAAAAGCUUGGGCAGGAUAUUAAGAGUGCAGGUAGUAAGAUAAACUCUCCACCUGUGUGUAUAAGUCGUUCUCCAACUAGUUCAAUUGCUGAAAAUUAUAAGGGAAGCAAAUAUCAAGCCAAAGCGAAGGAAUCUGUACCACGUCAGUCUCGUAGCAUGCGUGACCUUCCACUCCCUCCAGUGGUGGAUGAAUUAGAACCAUCAGUCCCAGAUGAUGUCUGCAAACCUUCUGGCAAGGAGAACUCUUCAAAGGUUCGGAAACCAAAGAUUUGUGACAGUCGGCACUACCUUAGCCAGAAAAACGAUUGGAGUGAGAGGUGCAUUGAUGUCUUUGAUAUUAUUGAGAUCAUAGGGGAGGGUACAUACGGUCAAGUGUAUAAAGCAAAGGACACUGUUAAUGGCAAUCUGGUGGCUUUGAAAAAAGUUCGUUUGGAAAAUGAAAAAGAAGGAUUUCCUAUUACAGCUGUCAGAGAGAUAAAAAUUUUGCGGCAGCUACAGCAUCCAAAUAUUGUCAAUCUGAAAGAAAUUGUCACAGAUGAUGUUGAUUUUAGGAAUAACACAGGUUCCUUCUAUCUAGUCUUUGAGUACAUGGAUCAUGACCUGAUGGGGCUGCUGGAGCCAGGUUUGAUGAUACUCAGUAAUCUGCAUAUAGCCUCGUUCAUGAAGCAGCUCUUGCAGGGGCUGGAUUUCUGUCACAAGAAGAACUUUUUACAUAGAGACAUCAAGUGUUCCAACAUAUUGUUAAACAACAGUGGUCAGAUCAAGCUCGGAGAUCUGGGCCUGGCCAGAUACUAUCACGCUGAAGACAAAGAUCGUUUGUACACCAAUAAAGUCAUCACAUUAUGGUAUCGACCCCCAGAGCUGCUACUUGGUGAGGAAAGAUACGGCCCAGCUGUUGAUUUGUGGAGCUUGGGUUGCAUUUUGGGUGAGCUGUUCACGAAGAAGCCAAUGUUCCAAGGGAAAGAGGAGUUUGCACAACUAGAGUUGAUUAGUCAGGUUUGUGGCUCCCCUUGUCCGGCUGUCUGGCCAGAAGUCAUUAAGUUACCUCUGUUUCACAGCUUUAAGCCCAAGCGGCAGCAUAGGAGAAGGCUGAGAGAAGAUUUUGCCGUACUUCCUAGGCCAGCACUGGAUCUCUUGGACCAUCUGCUAGAACUAGACCCCAGCCGAAGAUGUACUGCUGAACAAGCGCUUCACUCACCUUGGCUGAGAGACAUUGAUCCAGACAGAAUUCCACCUCCUAACUUGCCUAGAGAUCAGGAUUGUCAUGAGUUGUGGUGCAAGAAUCGAAAGAAGGGAAUAAAGGAUGUAUUUAAUAAAGUACGUAAUGUGUUACUACAGAGGCCAGAAUCAAGAAUUUCUUGGAGAAAUUAUGACCGUUCUGAAAUAAACAGUGACCAGGUAUUAGAUACAGAAGAU